GGCUGGACAGCGACACAUAGCCGUGCAGCUUCCAACGAACAAGGAUGCCGAAAGAGAGGCAUAUACGGUUACUAUGACACUGUUCAUCUGAUAUUUGUUUAGCCAUAAUGUCAUUGUUUCACCGUCUGUAACAAUGUUUUGACAGCCGGUUUAUGUGCACCUCAUUGUCCCUCCCGUUUUGAUUGGGAACGACCCGCCUGCAAGAGGAAGCUGUUUUUUCCGCCUCACAGAUGCUCGGACUCCCAGAUUGUGUUCGUUUCACCGGGUUUCCCUCCCGUCGAGUCGACAGGCAUGACGGACAGUAACGCCGCUGCUCAUGUUAUAGGCAGCAGCAGCAUCUCAUGCAGAGUGCCGCAUCAACAACCCGACCACCGGGUCCCCCUGCCGGCGCUCCGGUGUCCGCAGGUCCCCCAACGCCUGUUGUGACAUGACAGCUCGGGGCAGGAAGAAGAGGAUCAAAGGUUACUGGCAGGGGUUCAAGCAGGAGCGAAGACGGGUCGGAUCCUCGAGGAGAGCAGAAGCAGACAGUUUAAAAGGAGAGGAUACAAUCAUACAUGUGUCAAAAUCCACUCCAUUAGGGUGUUUCUCUUGCGGCUCCAGAGGGGUCAGAACACCGGGUUUAGCCACGGAGCAGCGCCCCUGGAGCCCGUUGAUGUGCCCAAACAUCAGCAAGGCACAGGGGCAUUGAACCCACCUCCCUGAAGCCUUUCUGAUACAGGCCUACAGUGAGGUAGUAGUAGCACCCACCUUUGCCUUACAGUUUCAUCUGAUGCACGGCCUCAUAGUGCUGAUCCUGGUCGAGUCCCAGACUGCAGCGCGGUUCCCCAUCAGGCCCGGCCGGCUCACCUGGCUGCUCCUGACCCUCACCUUCACCUGCACCGCCAUGGGCUGCAUCCAGAGCAUCGCCUGUAACAAGUCUCGCAUCAAACGGGAGAACAUCGUGGUGUACGACCUGUCCGCCACCAUAGACCACUGCCCGACUGUCAUCGAGGAGAACUCCCCCAUAGUGCUCCGGUACAAGACGCCCUAUUUCAAAGCCUCGGCGAGGAUUGUGAUGCCCCCCAUUCCGCGCAAUGAGACAUGGGUGGUGGGCUGGAUCCAGGCGUGCACACAGAUGGAGUUUUAUAACACCUAUGGAGACGUUGGCAUGUCGAGCUGGGAGCUUCCUCAGCUGCGAGAGGGUCUGGUGAGGGCCAUCAGCGACUCUGACGGCGUGAGCUACCCCUGGUACGGAAACACAACGGAGACGGUCACCAUUGUGGGCCCCACCUCCAAGCCAUCCCGCUUCAUCGUUAGCAUGAAUGACAAUUUUUACCCCAGCGUCACCUGGGCUGUGCCGGUCAGUGAAUCCAACACGCCCUUACUGACUAACAUCAAAAGAGACCAGAGCUUCACCACAUGGCUAGUGGCGCUCAACACCACGUCCAGAGAGAAGAUCCUGCUCCACAGCAUCAAGUGGAGGAUGAGGGUGGAUAUUGCGGUGGACCCCUGCCUGCCUCUGGGCUGCAGGGCCAGGCUGGUGGGCCGUGUGCACCAAGACCAGCCGAGAGUGCUGAACCGCAUGGAGCCCAUCCCUCCGAACGCCAUGGGGAGGCCCAACGCCAACGACGCCCAGGUUCUGAUGUGGAGGCCAAGGAGAGGGCCUCCGCUGGUUGUUAUACCAUCCAAGUAGAUCCUGGAGAGCAUCUGAUUGGUUCGUUGUUCGUUACAUCAGAUCAUAGGGGAGUGAACAGGAUAAUCAGAAAAAAAUAGAUAAAACAGACAAAAUUAAGAUCUAUAAGAAGGCUGAAACUUUGAAGUUGCAGUUUUUUUUGCGUGUAAUAUAUCGAGGGGACAACUGCCUUAAUUCCCCACCGCUGCCUUUGACGAUCCAGAAAGUAUUUGGUCUCCACUUCUGGUGCUGUUUGGUAAUCAAACCCAGAACAACUGAGCAAAGCUAACUUUGAAAAUCCGCCAUUAAUGCUGGGAUGUAACGCAAAACCUGUCCUGUAGCUACUCAGGCCCAGAAAGAAACAGACCCUGUCAUCUUAAUGAUGGCAUAAUGCGGGCCUGCUCUGUACUGUAGAGUAAAGUGCUGAGUAAGGGAAGGUGAUAGCGGUGAUACAUUGCUGCCGGUGUAUUCAUCACGGACAGAGAAAACUAAAAUAUCACCCGAGAUGUAACUGGAUGAUGUGCUUUCAGAGAUGGUGUGAGUGUGGAUGUAAAGGCGUGUGUGUUUGUGGUCGUGUGUUUUCUAUUAUGGACACCCAGGGUUGGGUCCAGACUUGCUGCUUUGUCACACCAGACUGCCUCACUCAUUCACUCAUUCACUCACACACAUUCUCUCUCACACACACACACACACACCACACACACACACACACACACACACACACACACACACACACACACACACACACACACACACACACACACACACACACACACACACACACACACACACACACACACACACACAAAGGGGCCUCAUUUGUGAUAAUGCUACAGGAAUGGCCAUAUUUCAAGAUGAUUAAAAAACUAAAGAUUGUCAACACACAUCCUCAGAGCUACUUUUCUUUUCACAGAAAAUGUAGAAAUCGCAGCUUUUGGAUUUCGAUGACAUGCACACGAGAUGUGCAUUGAGAGGAAUCUUAAAUGAAGCCCUGCAGCAGGAUUUUAUGUUUUUCAAUCAUGAAUGGCCAGUUCAUCCAAGCUGCAGAGCUCCCCCUCCCUGCCGUCUGAAAGCCAGUGAUGCCUGUGUUGAUGACAGCCUUCUACAGUAAAACAUUGUCUUUCCCAUGUCCCAACUAAUCCAAUUUAAGGAGAAGAAGCAAGGUUUCUUUAUGUUUCCGAGUAGUACACAUGAGUGGCUGCAAGAGGGCAAACAAAGCUACUCCUACGUCUUAAGCCAGUCAGUAUUUCUUGUUUAAAAGCAAAUAUUACAGUCAACUGUAUUUACACUAAUUAUAGAAUAAGGUCACUUGAAUGACACAAUUACAGGUUAUUGGGAUUUUUUUUGUUCUAGUUUUUAAAUAUCUGUCAGUGAGAUUUGUGGCUCCCCAAUCAAUUCAAUUCAGUUUUCUUUAGUGAUCACAGCUUUGGACAAACUGGAUCUAAUCAAGUCCACAGUCUAGCAUCUCCUUUGAGACUGUAGUUAAAUUAUAACCUGGCAAUGCUUACAUGCUCAUUAGAAAGUAUGUUUACCAUUCUCCUAGUCCACCAAGUUCUGCUGAGUUUGAUGGGAUACCUCGGCCUUAAAGUAAAGUAUAAGAAGAAUUUGAUUUGGGAUUUUUGAGCUAGUACAAACAUUUGGUUGAUCACCAAAGUUAUCACAAUUCAUCCUCUGGGAAAUGAUUAUCU